GCCUCCGAGGGAGCGGCCUCGAGCGCCCAGCCCUCCCCCACGGACGCACUUGGUACCGCCCGGGGGUUCCCCGCCGCUGCGGCCCUGAUGUCCAGGAGUCCCCGAGAAGACCCGCCCCGGCUGCUGGGGCCCGGGACUGGGCGGCCAUGGCGGGACCCGGCUCCCCUGGCGGCCCCUGCGCGCCCGCUGCCGCCUGGAAGCGCCACAUCGUGCGGCAGCUGCGGCUUCGGGACCGCAAGCAAAAGGCGCUCUUCCUGGAGCUGGUGCCGGCUUAUAACCACCUCCUAGAGAAGGCUGAACUGCUAGCCAACUUCUCAGAACAGCUGAAGUCAGAAGAAGUCGCCUCCACUCCGAAUCUGGACUCCUGGGGGAACGAGUUCUCCGGGCUUGUCUCUGACCAAGUCUCAUCAGCAGCCUCUCUGAGGGCGAAGUGGCAGGAGGAGAAAAAGGGACUGCAGCUGGUCUGUGGUGAGAUGGCCUACCAGGUGGUGAAAAAGAGUGCAGCCCUAGAAACCCUGCAGUCACAGCUGGAAGAGCGGCAGGGCAGGCUAGAAGCCCUGCAGGCCUGCGUUGCACAGCUGCAGGAGACGCGGGCACAGCAGGUCCGGCAGCUGGAGGAACGGCGGGCAGAGAACGCGGCGCAGAGAGAAGCCUACAGGACGCUACUCAAGCAAGCAGCGCACCAGGAGGCCGCUUUGCGGAGGCUCCAGGAAGAGGCACGGGACCUGUUGGAGCUGCUUGUGCAGCGUAAAGCACGCGCGGCUGCUGAGUGCAAUCUGCGUAACGAGCGCAGAGAGAGGGCCAACCAAGCUCGGGUGUCCCAGGAGCUGAAGAGAGCAGCUAAGCGGACUGUGAGCGUCAGCGAGAUCCCAGACACUCUAGAAGGUGGGACCAGGGAGGAGACUGUGCCUCUAGCUCCUGCUGCUAUGCCUGAGCUCCUGGAGAGAGAGGCUUGUGAGAAGUGGAAGAGGCCUUUCAGGUCUGCCUCAGCCACCUCUCUGACACUGUCCCGCUGUGUGGAUGUGGUGAAGGGGCUGCUGGAUUUCAAGAAGAGGAGAGGGCACUCAGUUGGGGGUGCACCUGAGCAGCGGUACCAAAGCCUCCCUGUGUGUGUGUCUGCCCGGAUUCCUGCCCAGGCUCAGGAUGUCUUGGAUGCCCAUCUCUCUGAGGUCAAUGCUGUUUGUUUUGGCCCUAACAGCAGCCUCCUGGCCACUGGAGGGGCUGACCAGCUCAUCCACCUCUGGAAUGUUGUGGGAGGUCGCCUGGAGGCCAACCAGACCCUCAGAGGAGCUGGUGGCAGCAUCACCAGUGUGGAUUUUGACCCUUCAGGCUCCCAGGUGUUGGCAGCUACUUACAACCAGGCUGCCCAGCUCUGGAAGGUGGGAGAGACCCAGUCCAAGGAAACACUGUCUGGACACAAAGAUAAAGUGACAGCUGCCAAAUUCAAGCUAACAAGGCACCAGGCAGUGACUGGGAGCCGCGACCGGACUGUGAAGGAAUGGGACCUAGGGCGUGCAUACUGUUCCAGAACCAUCAAUGUACUUUCCUACUGUAAUGACGUGGUGUGCGGGGACCACAUCAUCAUCAGUGGCCACAAUGACCAGAAGAUCCGGUUCUGGGACAGCAGGGGCCCCCACUGCAUCCAGGUCAUCCCUGUACAGGGCCGGGUUACCUCCCUGAGCCUCAGCCAUGACCAGCUGCAUCUGCUUAGCUGUUCCCGAGACAAUACACUCAAGGUCAUUGACCUGCGACUCAGCAACAUCCGACAGGUGUUCAGGGCGGAUGGCUUCAAAUGCAGUUCUGACUGGACCAAAGCUGUAUUCAGCCCUGACAGAAGCUAUGCACUGGCAGGCUCCUCAAAUGGAGCCCUGUACAUCUGGGAUGUGGACACCGGGAAACUGGAGAGCAGCCUAGAGGGACCCCACUGCGCUGCUGUCAAUGCUGUGGCCUGGUGCUUCUCUGGGAACCAUGUUGUGAGUGUGGAUCAAGGCAGGAAGGUGGUGCUCUGGCACUAGGGCACAAUUUCCCUGGAUGGACCGGAGCUCUGUUCUGAAGCCAGAAGCCAGGGGACAGCCUUCCUCUGACCAGGACUCCAGAGUCGGGGUUGGGUUGAAUGUAGAUGUUAUGUGAGGGCCUGGCAGGACCUGGCCUGUUUGUUUAAAAAUCAAGUGUCAGUUAGGGAUUACAAUCUUUAAAAAUCUCUAUUUGUUUAUUUUUCUCAAAAUGGAAAAAAAAAAAAAAAACUACCUGUGUCUUGCCUCUGAAGCUCUUGGGGGAUCCGGUGAGAUUGGCUGUACUAGUCUAACUGUAGAAUAACAUGAAGGCCGUGAGGAGCAGUAGCUCUUGGGGCUGGUGGGUGGUGAUCCUGGUGGGAGGCCUGCCUGACUGGGACCAGGUUCUGGCCUGCAGUUCCAUCUGGACGAUAGGCUGCCUGCCUCCUGCUACCGACUCCUCUGUCCCUCAUGGUGCCAUUUUCUGGGGCUGCUGUUUGGCGCUCCUCCCUAAAGGAGCCUUUACUCUAGUCUUGUCCUCACCAGCAGCGUUUCCUUAACGUUUGUCAUUAUUGUUUUGGACAUAGUCAUGGUAUGAAGCCUGGCUAGUCAAGUACACAUUUGAUGGCUCAGGGUAGGCUCAGAACUUGAGGCCUCAGCCUCAGUGCGGGGAUGGCAGGCACUGUCUCAGCCCUUGGCAUCUGUGGGGUCAGGGUUCCCCUUCUGCCUUCAGAAAUCCAGCACUUUAUUGUCCUACAAGGCCUCUUCAUCUGCCUUCAAUGUCCUUGUCCUUCCCAAUGGCAAUUCAGGUUGUCUUUUGGGAUCCCUUGAUGGACAGCCUACCUCACCUGCCAGUUGGCUAAGAAGUCUUGGUCCCUCACUUCCAGUUUGCUACCCUUCUUACAUCUGGGAGCAAGUGUAAGAAUAGGAACAGUAUUCCCUGUGUCCCUGCCUGGCUCAGAAGCCACAAGAAAUGCUUCUGGAAUGGUUACAUUCUCUUGCUUAGCAAGUUCAAUAGUCCAAGAUUCCAGUAAUGGGACAUUCCUACAGUUGAAACUUUGCCCUCAGUCUGGCCCAGCUCUCUGUGGCCACUAGGGGUCACUAGUUGGCUGGUCAACAGGUCUGAUUGUUUCAUUGUAUUCUUUUUCUCUCCCGCGGCCACUAUUAUUGAGGAUCACCCCAGCCUCAAGCUUGCUCUCUGCAGCUUCAUUCAUUUCUCCUGACCACUUGUGAUGGUCUACAGAUGAGAAGUGAGGCACGAAGGUUGUCAUUCCAGGUCACAAAGCCACAAAUUGUUCUACAUUAUAUCCUGCAACCUUUUCUUUUGAAACACGGCCUAUGUGGCUGAGUGUGACUGUGAAUUUGAUUCUCCUGCCUGUGCCUCCACC